ACUAUUUUUAUUUAAUCUGGAAAAAGGCUCAGAUGAGAUGAUGAAACCGAUAAUGCUACAUUGCUACUGCUCAUCAUUUUCAUUUAUAUUCACACCAUAGCGAUAGCCAAAGCUUUUUUCAGUUCAUAGGUGUGGUUGUGAAUUGCUAGUCUGAUUAUUUGGUGGAACGAUCACUUCAGGCUUACGCUCACAACUCAAUUAUUGAAUCUUCUCCUUUUUGUGGAUUUCAAUUAGUAGCUAAAAUAAACCAGUGGAGUAAAGAUCAAUAUUCCGAUUCAGCUUCUACAGAGCUUGGAGGUUGAAGAGAAAAUCAAGCUCAUGGAAGCUUUCUCGGUUUCCAGGUUGCUGUUCUUCAUUUUCAUAGCUGCAUUUGGUGGUUUUCGAUCCACACAUUGUAGUGUGACUUAUGAUAGGAAGGCUAUCCUCAUCAAUGGCCAACGGCGAAUUCUCAUUUCUGGCUCCAUUCACUACCCUAGAAGCACUCCUGAAAUGUGGGAGGAUCUUAUUCAGAAGGCGAAGGAUGGGGGAUUGGAUGUAAUCGAUACUUAUGUCUUCUGGAAUGUUCACGAACCUUCCCCUGGCAAUUAUGAUUUUGAGGGGAGAUACGAUCUGGUACGGUUCAUAAAGACAGUGCAGAGAGUGGGUCUUUAUGUUCAUCUUCGCAUUGGACCUUAUGUUUGUGCAGAGUGGAAUUUUGGUGGAUUUCCCGUAUGGUUAAAAUUUGUCCCUGGAAUCAGCUUUAGAACUGAUAAUAAGCCUUUCAAGAUGGCAAUGCAAGGGUUCACCCAGAAAAUUGUACAAAUGAUGAAGAAUGAAAAGCUAUUUGCUUCCCAAGGUGGCCCCAUUAUCCUUUCCCAGAUUGAAAACGAGUAUGGGCCGCAAGGUAGAGCCCUGGGAGCUGCUGGUCAUGCAUACACUAAUUGGGCGGCAAAGAUGGCUGUUGGACUGAAUACAGGAGUGCCUUGGGUGAUGUGCAAGCAAGAUGAUGCUCCCGAUCCUGUGAUAAAUUCGUGCAAUGGUUUUUAUUGUGAUUACUUCUCGCCUAAUAAGCCUUACAAGCCUACAUUAUGGACAGAGGCUUGGACUGGCUGGUUUACAGAGUUUGGCGGUCCUGUUUAUCGUCGACCUGUUGAAGAUUUGGCAUUUGCAGUGGCUCGAUUCAUACUAAAGGGUGGCUCACUUUUCAACUACUAUAUGUACCAUGGAGGAACCAACUUUGGACGCACUGCUGGAGGCCCAUUCAUUACAACUAGUUAUGACUAUGAUGCUCCACUCGAUGAAUAUGGUAUGAUCAGGGAACCAAAAUAUGGCCAUCUGAAGAACCUCCAUAGGGCCAUUAAGUUAUGUGAGCCUGCUUUAGUUUCUUCAGAUCCUACUGUUACCUCACUAGGAGCCUAUGAGCAGGCUCACGUUUUCACUUCGGGACAUGGAAGGUGUGCUGCUUUUCUUUCAAAUUUCCAUUCAAAUUCUGCAGCUACAGUGGUGUUCAACAAGAUGCGUUAUGUUUUGCCUCCUUGGUCGAUAAGCAUCCUUCCGGACUGUAAGGGUGUUGUGUUCAACACAGCAACGGUCGGAGUUCAUAUUGCACGCACUCAAAUGUUGCCAACAGUUUCCAAGUUGUCAUGGGAAACCUAUAAUGAAGACACAUUUUCUCUAGGAGGCAGUUCAAGAAUGACGUUUUCUGGACUCUUGGAGCAGAUAAAUGUCACAAGAGAUACCAGUGACUAUCUUUGGUACACGACAAGUGUUGGCAUCAGUUCAUCAGAAGCAUUUCUUCGAGGAGGACAAAAGCCCACUUUAUCUGUGAAAUCAGCUGGCCCUGCUCUCCAUGUUUUUAUCAAUGGACAGUUUUCAGGUUCGGCUUUUGGAAGUAUGGAGCAUCGAGAACUUACAUUUACGGGUCCUAUCAACUUACGCGCUGGAAUGAAUAAAAUUGCUCUACUAAGCGUAGCAGUCGGCUUACCGAAUGUCGGGUUUCAUUAUGAGACAUGGCAAACGGGUAUCCUCGGUCCAAUUUCGAUUAGUGGGCUUAAUGGGGGAAAGAGAGAUUUGACUUGGCAGAAAUGGAACUACCAGGUAGGCUUAAAAGGAGAGGCAAUGAAUCUGGUCUCUCCAACCGAAGCUACAUCUGUUGAUUGGGUAAAAGGAUCUCUUGCUUCACAGGGUCUGCGACCAUUGACUUGGUACAAGGCUAGUUUCAAUGCGCCAGGGGGGAACGAGCCAUUAGCGUUGGACUUAAGAAGCAUGGGCAAGGGGCAAGCAUGGAUUAAUGGACAGAGUAUUGGACGAUAUUGGAUGGCUUAUGCAAAAGGUAGCUGUAAUAGGUGUAGUUAUGCUGGGACAUACAGACCUGCCAAAUGUGAAGACGGUUGUGGGCAGCCAACCCAACGAUGGUAUCACGUUCCUCGAUCCUGGUUAAAGCCAACCAACAAUGUAUUGGUGUUGUUUGAAGAACUUGGUGGUGAUGCAUCCAAAAUAUCAUUUUUGAGGAGGUCUGUGACUGGUGCUUGUGCGGAGGCAGUUGAACACCAUGUUAAAAAUGCAAGCUACAUCAUUGAAAGCAAUGGGGAAUCAGAUUCUUUACACCUGCAAUGUAAUCCAGGGCAUGUCAUAUCAGCCAUAAAAUUUGCAAGUUUUGGAACUCCUUCUGGAACUUGUGGAAGUUACCAAAAGGGAAUUUGCCACGCACCAGAUUCUCAUGCCAUAUUAGAGGAGAAAUGCCUUGGGCGGGAGAGUUGCUUGGUGUCAGCAACCAGAGGUAACUUUGGAGGAGACCCAUGUCCUAAUGAAUUGAAACAAUUAUUAGUUGAAGUCGAUUGUGCCAUAGCAGAUAUCAACGGAGACAGUUCAUAAGAAAGCUCACAAGUAAAUUUUCACUCCCAGCAUCCUUGCUCCUUACCAGAUUACUGUUCCAUAUUGUGAAGCCAAGGAGAUUUAACUUACAGGUUUGAAGAUAAAUUUCAUUGAUCAUAUGUUGCAUUGCAUAUUUUAUAUGAUAGAUUUGUGCAAGUUAUUAUUGGUGGAACUCAUAAGGCCUGUGAAUGAGUUGGAUGGAGCUCAUUACAUUGUUUUAUUGAAAUAUAGUGGUAGGCAUUUCCCUCAAAAUCCCUGUUUCCUAGGUCUUGUAUUAAUCAAAUGGGAUGAGUAUAAGUUAUAAAGGAGUAUCUCAAUUGUCAUCA